AUAUUUUAUUAUCAAGCAUAAACAGAAAUAUCAUUGAAUUACAAGUGUACCUUCAACUGGAAGGAGAUGAUAGUACAAGCGUGGCGCAAAAAGCGAAUGCCAAGUCAGCGUGAACAGUACGGGGAUACUGUUCACCUAUUUAUAGGCACGGGACACAACCCAUACAAAAUUACAUUCAUGCCCUUUACACUUGAUAAUAAUUCUAUAGUAAUCUGUCGAGGUCCAAAUAGCCUUUUCAUCUUUAAGUCGGUUUCACUUUUUGAUGCCACGCCGAAGCUUUCCUGCUCACACCUUCGGCGCUAUAUAAACCUUCGUAUUAUUCUGGUCUACUGCGAUGCUGACUUGAGUCCAAAGAUACCUGUUCACACAUUAUACUCCAGAAAUACUGUUAAAUCCUGUUUUUGAGGACCUUCGGAAGCCGAAGGUCCCCAACAAGUCCACAUAAUCUAUCAACGACGUCGAAGCCACCUAAGAACCCUAGAUUCCCUGAUCUGAAUGUUAAGAGAUCAAAGAAAAUGUCUCGAGUCACAAGUGACUGAACUCAGAGAGCUCGCCAUCGCUCAGUCACCCCGAGAAAGUAAAUUUAAGAAAGAAACAGAUCUCGGGUUAGAACUUUUCUAACCCAGAUGGUAUAUCCAGCCAAAAAGACUCGGAGAGUCUCGACUUAAGAUCUAUAACAAGAAAUAAAGAAACCAGGGGUUUUGGUUAGGCCACACAAAUGGUAAGAAACCCUUAAGUUCCCCCAUAAUCUGGCUGGAUUAAAGUGCAUAGGUGCACUGCCCAAGUACAACGUAAGCACUUGAACCGAAUCCAAGUCGUAGUAAAUGCACGGGGGUCCGAAUCUACGCAUACACCUCAAAACUCGAUCCUAAACCGUUACAGAUUAUACAUUUCAUACAUACACAGAGAGGGGUUUAGGGCAAGAUUCGAGUGAAUAGGCACCAAAGACGUCUAAGUAGCUGUCAGCUUACCUCGUCGACCAUGGUACCACCGUCGGCGCCCAAUCGACGGCGGCGCGCCCACCCGUGGAGACGCACACGGUGGCGGUAAGGCCCACGCGGGCUCCACAUCUCAACGGUGUAGACAAUCACCAGAGAAAGAGAGUUGGGGGGGGGGGCAAGAAGGAGAAUUCUAGAGAGAUCCGGAAUUAAUCAGAGACAAAGAAGUGCAUUACCGAAAGCACGAACAUG